CGUCGACAAGGCCAAUUUGGUGUUGUCGACUACUUUCCAGGUGAAUUUAUGAAAUUAUUCCAAGGAAAUUAAAUACUUUUCUCAUCCUUAACAUAGUGUUUAUGGUGUGAAAACUACUCUUUUCUACACAAAAAAGUUUUUUUGUGCUCACAAUCAACGAAAAGAAUGUUAUGAUCUUCCACAUGUUUAUUUUUCUUACAUGUACACACUUGCAUGCUCUGUUUCUAAUGUUUGUACAAAUGUUCUGUGCUCUGUGAAUCGCCCGUGUUAUUUACAAAAACAUUAGCAAGUGUAAUAUAUUAAAAUAAUAAACUUUUACAAUGAUUAUCGAAAAUACAGAAGCGUUCAAGUCUUGGCUGACAUCUCGUUUAAGCCGCAUGUGUGAUGCUGAUCCAACAGCUUUAGCCAAAUAUAUUUUAGCUCUUGUUAAAAAGGAAAGAACUGAGGAUGAAUUACGAGAAUUCUGUUUAGAUCAGCUUGAUGUGUUUCUUAUGAAAGAAACCAAGCCAUUUGUAGAUCUCUUGUUUGAUGCUUUGAAAAAUAAAUCUUAUUUACCCGGUUCAUCAGAUAGCCACUCAAAAGAUGCUUUUGAUGUUGGUAAUCAAAAUAAUAAUGCAAAAACUUCACAGCAUUCUGCUGAUCACGGUGUGUCUCUGAACGACCCUUCAAAAGGUGGAAAAUCUGAGAUUGAUGGUCGUUCAGAUCAUGUAAAUUCUGAAAAUGGUUCUAGUAGGUCAAAACCUUCUCUUAGUUCUGCUGUCAAACUAAAAAGUUCUGGAAGUCCGGAACAUUCACAUAGGUCUUAUAGGCAUAGAAGUCGAAGUAGAGGUAGAGAAAUAUCAGAAGGUCGUAAAAGAUCACUUGGUGAUGAUAAAAAUGACAAGAAUUCAAAACAUGAUUCACUUCCGUCCAAAAAAUUUAAAUCUAGGAGCCAUCACUAUUCAAAAAGCUCUAGUGACAAAUUCAGGGAUGAAAAAAGUGAUAGGCGUAGCAGUCGAAGAAGGAAAGAACAACUGAGUGAUGAAGAUGGAGUAGAUGAUAGGGGCAAAUCAAUUUCAAGAAGCAAUAGCUGGGACAAGGGCCGUUCCAGGUCCCGUUCUUCUUCACGUUCUUCAAGGUCUAGAUCAAGAGAGCGAUCAAUUGAUGAUCGCGAUAAAACUGACUAUCACUCAAAACCUGAGCCUGAAAGAUCAAUAAAGAUACAACAUGGUGACCAUGGAGAUACAGAUUACAGACAAAAACCUCCUUCAGCAGUAGUGCCUUCCCAACUUAAUAGUUAUUCUAGCAAACGAAUAUCCAAAAGAUGCCAAGAUUAUGAUGAAAGAGGUUAUUGUCUGCGAGGGGACUUGUGUGUCUAUGAUCAUGGAACAGAUCCCAUUCUUGUUGAAGAUGUAUCUUCUGUUUUGAAUUUUGGAGUCGUUUCACAGGACCGUUAUGAAGAUUCUGUUGGUACCAAAUCACCGAAACAGCCUCCUCCACCACCAUCAUCACCACCACCUUUGCCGCCCCCUCCACCUCCAUUACCUCCUUUACCACCACCAGGUUAUGUUCCCGAACCCUACAACCCAGAAGCUCCUGGCAUGAAUGUUGUUCCAAGAGUCAACUACUGGGUUCCUCCCCCUGUGCAUCACAUGACACCCCCUCAUCAUCCUCCCCCUCUUCCUCCUACAGGUGCUGGAAUUCCAGGCAUGAUGUUUAAUCUUAAUGAAAUGCCUCCUCCAUUUCAUAAAACUCACAGAGCAAGAGAGUUGAUUGGAGUUCCAACUGUUGGUAAUUUGACUGUAGAAAAGGAAAGAGAAAAAGAAAGAAACAAAGAAAUCAAACCUGCUGAUGAAAAUUCAGAGAAUUGUUUGAAAUCUUAUACAGCUGAAGAAAAGAACAAAAGUGCUAAUAUAGUUGUGAAUGAACUGAAAAGAAAGACAUUUGAUUACAGCCGGUUAGGUGCAAGUCCUAGAAAAAUAGUAAAAAAACUGAACAAUAGUCGUAGCACAUUAGAAGUUAGAAAAGUUCCCCAACAUCUGAAUACAAUAUCUAUGCUUAAUAGUCAUUUUUCUAAAUUUGGUCGAAUUGUGAAUCUUCAGGUUGGCUAUGAUGGUGAUCCUGAAGCUGCUUUAGUGCAAUUCAUGACUGAUGCUGAAGCAACUGCUGCCUAUAGAUCUGCAGAGGCUAUAUUAAAUAAUAGAUUUAUCAAAGUUUUUUAUCACAAUCCACAGAAAAAGGAGGAAGAUAAAACUACAAAUGAAAUUUCUGUAAAUAAUUUAAAUAGAACUAAUCAAUUACAAAUAAAUAAUUCUAAUGACCUGAAUGCAGAAGAAACACGCCAAAGUGAUGUUUUGAGAAGUAACAUGUCAACUAUAUAUACUUCCAAGGGAAAUUUAUCUAGAACAGUAUUCAUUCCAUCUGUGAAAAAAAGCACACCAAAUUUUACUUCCACUCCUGCUCCUGUCAUUACACAAACAAGAAGGAUAAAUAAAGAGCCAGUAAAGAAACAGGUAAAUGAUGCACUUCAAAAACGAUUAGAACUGCACAAGAAAAAACAAGAAUUCUUAAAGUCACAAAUUGAACAUCAGAAGGUUAUUUUGGAUAAAUUAAGCAAGUGCAAGAAUGAAAAAGAAAAGGAAUUCUUAAAGCAGACUAUACAAACUCUUUCUGAAAAGAUAGCAUCUAUUCAAAAUGAUGUGAAGAAAGAUUCAUUGGAAUUGAAAAAUAUGCUGAAAACAGCCAGCAGUCAAUCACAUCUGACAAAAACUGAAGCUGAGAAAGAAUUACUUGAUGCUGAAAUGGAUUUGUAUAAUAAACAGCAUACAGGAGAUGAUUCUGGGACUGCAGAACUGCUGUCAAGAGUUAAUGAAUUGAAGAAAAAAGCAAAAGCUCUAGGACUUCUUGACAAUUUACCUCAUUCGCCUUUACUAGGACCACAAUCUAGACAUGUGAAUUCCAGGUAUUCUUCUAGGAAUGUACCAGCUUUUAGUCACCAUAGUGUAGAUCAUCGUCCUCGAAAGAUACUUGUAACUGGAUCAACUAACAAAGAUGGCUUAACAAAGCACCUUAUGCAAUAUGGAAGCGUAGAAAAAGUUGAAGAAACUUCUGUAGGCUUUAUUUUUACAUUUAGCACAAGACAAGAAGCAGAGACAGCACAUGGUCAUGGUUCUAAAUUUGGCGAUAGCAUUCUUUCUAUUUCUUGGUUCCAUGAUCCUCAAUUAACUGCUGUUCAGAAUAUAGACCACAAUAAUGAUUCAGAAUCAAAGCAGAUUACUUCUCCAGUUCCUGAAGGAGAUGAUGAAGAAGAAGAGGAUGAAGAGGAAGACAGUGAAGCUCGAUCGUGGCGCCGAUGAUGUGAUUCCAUUCCUGUGAACUUUAUUCAGAACAGUCAUUAGAAGUUACUCAUGCUGCAAAUAACUCAUAUCUGUUUUUAUGAUAUGGUGCACUGAUGAUAAUUUAUUAUAUUUGACUACAUCCAUCAGCUGCCAAAUUUGUAAAUUUUUAAGUGUAAAAUUUGAAAUAAAUACUCAUUUUUCAGAUAGAUAAAAAUUGGUU